ACUGACUUUUACACAACGCUUAAGCAUAGGCACAACCUGUGUGUAGUGCAACCAAGUUGUAUGGUGUGUGCGUGCGUGUCGUAGUAGUGAAAUGAAGUGGUCUUCGUAUUAGUUUUCCAAAAAUGUAUGUUUUGAACGCGCGACUAACUAGAAACAUUCAGUGAUUGCGGUUUAAAGCGACAAGACGUGUAUGUGUUACUGCAUGUUUUUCAUCGUUUUUCUUCAUUCUCUGUGUAUACUUCGAGUGUUGCGUUCAAACUGAUUACAGUCAGAAUUUUUUCCGGUUUAAAAGAAAAAAGAAAGUUAUUUCUUGUGUAAAGUGAUAAAUUCGCCCAGUUUGUGAGUCAACAAAAAAAAUUAUCAGUUGGAUUACGGUUCGAAAGAACUAAAGAGUUCGAAAGACGUGCCAAAGUGUAGAUUUUCAAAAAAAAACAUGAGUGCAAUGCACAAUUCAUAUAAAAGUCAAAAUUUUUAAAUAAACAAAACGAAACAUUUUUUUUUUUAAUAUUUUGCGAAAGUGUUCAUAAUUUUUCAUAGCGUGUAUGCAAGAGCAACGGAAAAAAAUUCUUUUCGAACGAAUUUGGGAUAAACAAUGCGAUUCAGUUUAAACUAGAGAUAAUCGUUGAGUGCGUGAGAAUAUAUACACAUUACGGAUUGCAUUUGAUGCAAAACAAAUACGCUACAAACAGUGAAGCGAUUGCAAAGAGAAACAAAAUCAGCAGCAACGCGAUUUAAAAACAAGCGAAAAAAAACAAGAGUUAGCUUAUCGCGCGCGGUGAUUAUUCAUGUGAAUACAAUUCAAGAUUCGUUAGAGAUUUGGUGAAUUUCGAGUCAACGGUGUUCCGAGCUACGUGCAGCCAAUUCAUCGAGUGAAUAUCAAUAGCGUAUAAAAACAAAUAAUACAUGCUUAUUGAAAGCAAUAAAAAGACAUUGACAGAAUUCUAAAAGUGAUUGAACAUACAACGAUCGUACUGUAUUUAUUUUUUUCUGUUCAGAUGUGUGUGUGUAUUGAAUAGUGUGUUGUAUGUGCAACGCGGUUACGGCGAAUCAUAUAAAUAAACAUAAACGCGAAAGAGAGAAAGAAACACGCCAAAACAACAAUACCCGAAAAAGAAAAAAAACGUAUUACCCGAACCGCUUUUCAACUGCGAACGGAUUACCGAACAACAACAACCGAAAUAAAAUACAUCAAUCUGGAGUUUUUGUGCAUACCGGUCAAACAACGACUUACUUCUGAGUCUUCUGAUGUUGUCGAUGCACCUGAAAAUGGUAUGACUGGUGGGAAAACAGAAUGUGGCGAUUCGCCACGAAAAAUGUCAACACCAACCAAAAUGGCAAACUCGGUAAAUAUGAGCGCAGCGUCAACCAUGAAUAAUCCUGCAUCAGCAAAUAUAGCACCUGCCAUCGCAACGAUGGCUACGGCAACAGCAACCACAUCACCAGCAGCAUCGAUAAACAAUAUCACAAAUAACAAAGGCAAUAUCAGUCAUAAUCUACCGCCGCGACAAGGCAGUGCACGUGAACGAGCUUUACACGCCGUCGAAUAUUACAACAGCAAUGUGUUACGUGUACGUGUUGGUGCCGGCUUAACGGCUCGCGCUUCGGUCAACGAAAGACACCUAAUGAAUAAUGCGCGCAACGCUUAUCAAUCUUCGGCUGCUGCAACAGGUGCAUAUCAUCGAAUGCACUCGCAACAACGGUCAGACAAUAUGUAUCGCUCGAAUUCGAGUUUAGAGCUCAUGCACAAUGAAGCAACGACAAAUGGAAAUCAAACAAAUGGUAAUGGUUUGCAUUCAGAACGAUCACAUCCAGUGCCCGGAUUGCGUCGUGAGUACGGUUCACAUGGAUCGAUCGAUGCACUAGCAUCAACACCACCGAAAAAUUCACGAGGUACGAGCGAAAGCUUCUUUGCGAUGCUACAGGAUUAUCGGCCGGCUGUUCUCGGUGUGAUUGGCACCGAUCAACGUUCACCUGGUCCCGUCGAAUACAUGAAAGGCAAAGUCGCUGAACCACCGACCGUUAAAUCAGCAGCAAUGGCUCACACAGCAAACACAACAGUCAGUGCUGUGCUUAACAGUACAACGACGCACACACAACAGAAUUUCAUCAACGAAUCAUUGAGUGAGGAUAGUAUUGAUAGAGGCAGCCCAAAACUACGAAAUAAACUACAACGAUUGUGGGGUCAAACGAAACAGACACGAUCGAUGUCAAUCGCACAUCCAACAUCGGUGAGCAACGGUAUUUUGGAAGAUUGCAGUAUUGCAUCCACUCUAUCGGCCGAUAUGGAAGAGAGACAAAAACGACGAGCAUUCGCCCAUUAUGAUUGCCAAUCAUUAGCAGCUAAUUUGGGUUAUGCGGCUAAAUUACGUGGAUUAUUGUUGGCCCGACGACGCAACACAACGACAGGAGCAUCGGCUGCAUCAAUGUUAAACGCAAGAUCAUCCACUCCGGACUCGGCACAAAAUGAAAAUGUCGACGAUUACGGUGAUGGUCAAAGCAAUGAAUUGAUUGAGAGCUGCCCAUUCUUCCGCAAUGAAAUCGGCGGCGAAGAGGAGCGAGAAGUUAGUUUGACCCGAUUCGGGAAUAAUGUGAGCCAAAAGAAUGCAAUUCAUCGUCCGGCGCUUGCUUAUGGCGUAUCGAUUUUGGAAAGUGAACCAAAUGAAGCUCUAUGGAAGGAUAACACUUGCCCAUUUCAACGUACACAGCGGCCCAUUGAAUCAGUCGACUCUGGAGCACGAUACUAUCGCAAGUAUUUCAUUGGUCAAGAGCAUCAAAAUUGGUUUGGAAUGGAUGAACAGCUUGGUCCGGUGGCGAUAUCAAUUAAACGUGAAAAACUACCCGAAACACCGCAGCAACAAUACGAACGAGAAAACUCGAAAGACGCCAAAGAUGCACCGCAUCUCGUGCGAAUGAUUGUACGAACAUCCGAGUUGCUUACACUUCGUGGUUCAGUAGUUGAAGACGCGAUUCCAAAUACACGUGGCGUUGGCAAACCGGCCACAACCAAAGAUAUCAUUGAAUAUGUUGCGCCAGACAUUCAAUUGCCCAGCUUACGGUUGGGCGUGAGUACAUCACAAUGUGAACAACAGUUGCUGAAAUUGGAUGAACAAGGUUUGACCAAUAAGUAUAAAGUCGGAAUUUUGUACUGUCGAGCUGGGCAAAGCACCGAAGAGGACAUGUACAACAAUGAAGAAGCUGGACCAGCGUUCACCGAAUUCCUGCAAACAAUCGGUAAAACUGUUUGUCUGAAGGGAUUCGAUCAUUACAAAGCCGGAUUGGACAAUAAAACCGAUUCGACUGGCACUCACUCGCUGUACGCCACUUAUCAGGAUUGCGAGGUGAUGUUCCAUGUGAGCACAAUGCUGCCGUUCACACCAAACAAUCGACAGCAAUUAUUGCGCAAACGACACAUUGGCAACGAUAUUGUAACCAUUGUGUUCCAAGAGCCAGGCUCGUUGCCGUUCACACCAAAAAAUAUCCGCAGCCAAUUUCAGCAUGUGUUUGUUGUGGUUCGCGCCUACAACCCAUGCACCGAUCACACACAGUACAAAGUAUCGGUAUCACGAUCGAAAGAAGUCCCAGUAUUUGGACCACCGAUUCGCGGGAAUGCGAUCUACUCAAAGGGAAAAUCAUUCACCGACUUUUUGCUCGCGAAAAUCAUCAAUGCAGAAAAUGCGGCUCAUCGAAGUGAAAAGUUUGCAACGAUGGCAACGCGCACACGACAGGAAUAUCUUAAGGAUUUGGCAGCGAAUUAUAUUACAACCACAAUGAUUGAAAGUGGCAGCAAAUUUUCGAUAUUCAGUGCCGGAAAGAAGAAGGAGCGGCAACGACCAAAGUUCAACGGAAGCGGCAUUCAACGUGGUGCAUUUUGCUGGCAAGUGAUUUUACACGAUGGCGGCCAGUUUGUUGAUGCAUUUUUGGGCAUUUCACAUGACACAUUCGUACUCAUGGAAGAGUGUUCGCGGCAAAUUGUCUUUGUCACUCCGUGCCGAUCGAUUUUGGGUUGGUCAACGAAUGGAUUCUGUAUUCGAAUCUAUCAUCAUCAAAGUGAAUGCAUUACAUUGAGUCUGCGUGAGUCGGCCGAACGGGAUGAACAAUUGGAAGUGAUUGAACGACUGCGAGCCGUUACACCUGGAUGUGGAGCGAUUGAAUUGAAUUUGCGUAGAAAUCAAUUGGGUCAGCUUGGAUUCCAUGUUCAGCCCGAUGGCGUUGUAACACAAGUAGAGCAACAGGGACAGGCUUGGUCGGCCGGUUUACGACAGGGACAUCGUUUGGUGGAGAUUUGCAAAGUUGCCGUUGCCACAUUGUCGCACGAUGAAAUGGUUGAUCUACUUAAAACCUCCACCCAAGUUACGGUGACCGUUAUAGAGUCACAUAAAGACCAUUCACCACGUCGAGGCUGUUUCUAUUCUCAGUGCAAAUUCAAUAUCAUCAACUAUGAAAUUGAUUACGAUUUGGAUGAACCGGCGAAAAAGCCACCAAAGCAUAAGAGUGUUACACAUUCAUCACAUCGUCGAUUUGAUCGGAAUUUUUCGCCACCACGAUCGAGCAAUAGCUCUGGCUAUGGCACCGGAAGCAGCAGUCGUUCGUUCGGCGCACAUAACAACGAAAAUCAUCCGAAUGCAAUGCGUUUCAUCGCUGGAAACGGUCUUGAUCACACUGGUACUUUGACAUCAUCAUCAAGCGGUCACUCAUCAAAUGAUGACCGAUGGUAUGAAAUCCUUGAAGCACCUGAAGAUGACAAGAACCAGAAGCAACGCUAUCAAAAAUCACCACAGUACGCACAACAUCAAAAGCUAACAAAUUCAAAUUCGGUCCCACUAAAUAGCUCUCGACCACUUUCGGUACACGAUCCAAAAAUGGCAACGUAUGCAAAAUUACCACCACCACGAUCCAUCAUUUCAAAUGGCUCCAGCGAUGCAGUGCACGAGAUGCAACUCGCCAGAACAAUGCUGAAAAAUACAUCACCUGAAGGUAGUCAACUCGACAAUUGCUCCAUUGAACCCAUUUAUAAUUUGUCGCGGAAGAGUAACGAGGAAGAACUCAGCAAUGGCAUUCAAAAUAUGGAUCUAUCACAGCUGAAACGAUCAUCAACAGCAAAUAGCGUGCACAAGACGAAAAGCAAUGGAACUGUAUCUUCAUCAGCAUCGAAUUCGAGCAGCCGAAACAACAGUCCACGACCGUUGACCGAAGCUCGACUACGGCCAGGUGUAACGAAUCGCAACCUAAGUCAUUUGCAACAGCGGAAUAGUGUAAAUUUUUCAAACAGUACGUUGCAAGAGGAUCUCAUGAAACUCAUCAAUCCCGACUACAAUAUGACGAGCAACGAUGACAAUUUCCACAAUGGCGGUUUGCAGUCAAUCAAAGCACAAACACAGAAGAACUCACAAAAUAGUCAUAGUUUAGGUAAUAUUGCGGCACUAAACAAUGGCUUAAAGCCAUUGAAUGUCACCACAACCGAUGAUAUUUUUCUGAUGCGUAAAAAAUCACGGUCACGUGAAGGCAUCAAUCUUGGUUCACACACUGUGCCCCUACCGACUGAUUUGAAGCUCAAAAAUACGAUUGAAAACUCAGAAAUGAUGCACAAGGCCAAAACCAAUGGAUCGAAUCCAGUGAAUGAUUCGGAUAUUAUUCUGACAACAGCUCGGCCAGCUACUGUCAUAUCGUCAACGAUGCAACGUUCGCCAAUGAAAGAAGAGAAUGUGUUGCACAUUCACGAAGACAGCCCAUCGCCACGAAGAAUGACCGGCAGCAAUGGUGUCAAUAACAAUAAUAAUUUGAACAACAAAACUGUGUCAGCAAAUAAUCAACUGAAGAAAAACAAAGAAAAUGACUAUUUUGUGCCACCACGUUCGCUGCCACUGAUUCCAGAUACGAAAGAUGUCGACUGGAGCAGUUUGGUUGACAGUGCAAUCACACAGAUUAACGAAGGCUUGAAGAAACAUUAUUACGAAACCGGUGGCAUUCCACCGACAUCAAUCAUGAACUCCGCGAACGGCAAUCAAACCGAACGACAACAUGGCAACAAUUCACCAUCGUAUGAAUCGUUAUCGUCCACAUCAUCGACAUCGUCCGGCUCAGGUAGACCAAAUCGUACGCAGUCAAACUUGCCCGAUCUACAAAACCAAGUAUGUCAACUCGAAGAUCGCAUUACAAAGGAAACCAAUCGUCGAGUUUCGCUGGAGCAUGCCGUACGCAAAUUGACCGAAGAGAAUCGGCGGUUGCAGGACGAGAGUCAAGCGGCUGUUCAACAACUUAGACGAUUCUCUGAAUGGUUCUUCCAAACCAUCGAUAGGCAAUCAUAAACCUUGAUUUGAAGGAUUAUUCCCAAAUUCAAUAGAAUUAUUCGGAUUUUGUCGCAUCAUCCCUUUAGAGGAAAAUAUCCAGCACAAAUCAACCAUCAAUUUCAAAACAAUUCCUGCCUUCAUUUAGUGCACCGUACUCCUGACAAACACAAAUUCAAAACAUGAUGAAACUAGUGUCUUAUUUUAUAUCCUUUACAUUAAAUUCCGUUUUUUUUCUGCAUUUGUAUGAAUUCAAUUGAAGAUAUUAACUUACGUUACAUAUAGCCUUUACGUAAAAGAAAACAAUGUUUGUCGUUUCAAGAGAAAAAGAGAUUUUAUUUAUUUCAUAUUCAAUACCUGAAUAAGUUUAACAUAUUUAGUAACAAGCAUCGAUUAAGGACAUAGUAGUUAGACUUGCAUUAGCUGAAGCAUUGCGAUUUGCAUGCAAAAUAGUUGAAAUAAUGCCAAAAAAAGAAACUUGAAAUGAAAUCAACAGGAAAUGUUUUAUCGAUUUGUUACAUAAAUUAGGUUUUAAUCACGAUCUGGAUUUAACUUAAUUAUUACUUUUCUUUUGCUCGAUUGGUUUUUUUUCUGUUUCUCUUUAAGUUGUAAAUAAAAAAAAGUGUAAAUGUUUAAUUUCUAAGUAUUUUCUAUGGAAAAUGAAAACAAAAUUAAUGAAUUCGGCAAAAAUGACCCAUAACAAAGUUAAUGUUAAAUUAAAAAAAACAAGUUUUUGAUUUGAAUUUUCAUUAGAAUGAAGUCCUUUUCGGUUCCCAGUCAAAAUUACUUACAUUUUCACACAGUAUAACAUGAAUAAUAAUCAAAUAACGUAGUAACAAUUCAUAGGAAUUUAUUGAAAAAAAAAUUGAUAGUAAAAAAACUUAUUCAAUGUAAUGAACUCUGACCAAAUGAAACCAGCAAAGAAGCAAUUUAGACAAUAGCUUAAUUUAGCUCCAUUAAGCCUAUUCAUAAGAAUUCAGAUUUUGAAUUUCAAUGAUUCAUUUCAUGCUCAGACCGAAUCACGGAAAAAGUCGACAAAGAAUUGCGCACAAAACAUUCGAAAUAAAUCAUGCAAUUUCCACAAUUGCCAAUGCCGCCGAUGAUUUCACGUGUUUGCGCAAUUAGUAAUAGAUGCACACAUGUUUAUUUUUAAUCAUUAAAUCAAAACAGAUAAAAUAAAAAUCAAUCAACUCAUAGAUUUCACAAAAUUAGAUCAAUUUUAUGUUCUCGUUUUACACCAAUUUAAGCAUAGCAUUAACAUAUAUAACAUUUUUAUAAGCACUUCGUAAGGAUGCGAAAAUAAAUAAAACUUGUUUAUUCUAAUAAAUGUAAAAAA